AGGAGAGAUAUGCUCUUGGGCUUCGGUUAAAUGAUGUAAUAAAGGUUGCUCAAUUAUACUUUGUGCUCGAAGAUCUUCCAGAAUCUCAUCCAAAAAAAAUUUUUGUAGACUCUAUUGACCUAUCUAUAACAAUAAAAGACAUUCUUUAUAUAUUUUUCAAUUCUAAUAUGAAUGCCCCAGAUAAAGAUUUGCACAAAAUAUUUGUUUUUGGAAUCAAAUUAUAG